UGAAAUCUUCGGACAAAGGGUGGUAUACAAAAAACCAAAAAGGUAUAAUAGUGCCCAUUGUAGGAGAAAACGACGACAACAACAACAACAACAACAACAACAACAACUGCAUGGUGUGGACUUGGACUUGGCCUGCGCAGCUUCAAAGCAGAGUUCAUUCUGGAUGCACGGAAAAGAAAAACCCGCCCCUCGCCUCAAUCCUUCGCUCCAUAUUGGCUGGCGGCCCGGGCAGCUGGGCGGCGAUUGGCUGGGAGCCGGCGCCCUCGCCUCACUAUUAUGCUGUCAAGGCCCAGGUGAGCUUUGCCUCCUCGGCGCCCGCCGCCUUCGCUGACAGUUGAGGGAGCGGGGGGGGGGCGACUCCCCUCCGCCUGUGGGGCCGCCGGGCCGCCAUGUUCUGCUACUCCGAGGGGCUGCUGGCCGCCUUCUCGACGGUGCUGCUGGCCGCGCUGGUGCUGAGCCGGAGCGCCGUGCUCUCCUGCCUGCUGACGACGGGCCUCUACCUGGUGCUGCGCCUCUUCAGCCUCGAGCCGGCGCCGGUCCAGCGAGCCCAGCUGGUCGUCCAGCCGCGCGGGAACCCGGCGCGCAUCGCGCACCGCGGCGGCGGACACGACGCGCCCGAGAACACGCUGGCCGCCAUCAGACAGGUCAGACCCCCUAAUAUUUAGUUCUCUUUAUUAUACCACAUCUUCUUCCCUCCACCCCACCCCACCCCCCAAAAAAUGUGAGGGAGAAAUUAAUUAAAAAUUAAAUAUUUUUUUGGAGGGGGUGUUAAGCCAUGCGAUCGGAAAUAAAACCAUGCCCUGCAGGGGAUUGUGGUGAUGAUGGCGAAACAGAGCAGAGAGUGAAAGAAGGAAGGCAGGAAGCAAAUGUUUUAGACCCGGUUGGAGGGUGUGGAAGGGACUUGGGGUGUUUAACCCGUUCCCUGUUGCUGGAAAGGGCUUCAGAGUAAUGCCACGGCAUUCAUUGGAAAAAAUUUCCCCAUACAGUGGUACCUCGGGUUACAUACGCUUCAGGUUACAUACGCUUCAGGUUACGGACUCCGCUAACCCAGAAAUAUUACCUCGGGUUAAGAACUUUGCUUCAGGACGAGAACAGAAAUCGUGCUCCGGUGGCGCGGCAGCAGCAGGAGGCCCCAUUAGCUAAAGUGGUGCUUCAGGUUAAGAACAGUUUCAGGUUAAGAACAGACCUCCGGAACGAAUUAAGUACUUAACCCGAGAUACCACUGUAUAUGCUUGUCACUAUUGUACCUGAAAUAACGCACGGCAUGCUUUGUUAUUGUUAGCACUGUAUUUUAUUACAGCCAUAUCCUAAAGCUAUGUUGGCAGUCAUCAUUGCAUCUUUCGGAAGCAGCUGUCACUGUGUGUGUAAUAAUUCUUCUGUCCUGCAUCUCUUGCCAUUCACUUUCAUCAAAAUACCCUGGGUUCUAGUACUAGGAGAGGGGAAGAAAAAUUAUCUAUCUACUUUUUCCUCACUUAACCUUUGCUCCUUGGUAAGUUGCUCCAGCUUCAUGAUCGUAGAAUCAAAGUUGGAAGGGACCCUGAGGAUCAUUUCUAGGGCCUAGGCCAAUCCCCUGCAAUGCAGGAAUAUGCAGCUGUCCCAUCCAGGGAUCAAAGCUGCAACCUUGGCGUUAUCAGCAAUACACUGUCACCAACUAAGCUAUCCAGCUCAUUUCCCAACAUUGCCCUUUUCUGCACCUUUCCCAGCUCUCUAAUAUUCUUUUUGAGUUGUGGUGAUCAAAAGUGGGCAUAGUACUGUGUGGUCCACACCAUAGAUUAUGCAAAUGCAUUAUGAUAAUUGCAGUUUUAUUUAUUAUACCUUAUCUUUCUCUAUCCCUUACCACCAAAAGCCAGUUUAGGGAGAACUCUCUUAAACAACUUCUGGAAGGUUCAGGGGCUUAGGUAUAAAUGAAGGGGGCAUUCUACAGUGUAACAUAAAUAAAACGGGGGAAGUCUAAAUUUUAGUUGUGUGCUAGGUGGGAGGGAGAUGCACAACAGAAGAAGACUAGAACAGGGAGGGGUCCAAAAAUUGUGCAUCUUUCUAUUCUAUUUUAUUGGUGUUAUUGAAAAGUUUGCAUCCUCCGAUAGAAGCAACUCUCCUUGUAGAAGCGAGAAACUACACAACUGCAGGCUCUUGUGGACUAUGCAGCAGUACUGGGAUUAAGACCAUCUCUUGUAAGGAACAUGCAAACACAAAAGAACCAGCCUGGAUUUUCUCUUGACCAGGAGAAGUGACAGAUACACCAUUCUUCUCUUUAGUGGGCAGAUGCUGACUUUCCCACCCUAGAGGGUUGUGACUUACCAGGAAUUUUAGAAUUUAGGUCCAAGGUUAAUCUCCACACAUUUUAUUUUAUUUUAUUUAUUUCUGUCUGUCUGUCUGUCUGCCUUCCCUUCCAAGAAGCUCAAGGUGGCAGCAUAUAUGGCAUAUAUUUCCCUCUUCCCUAUUUUAUCCUCACAGUGUUCCUAUGGGGUUGGAAUUAAAGCAGGCUAGCAAUGAGUGUUAAAUUCUGGAAUAAUUGUUUUAAAUUCUGGAAUAAGAGACCUAAUUUCAAAGUAAUGUUCCAGGGCAGACUUGCAAUGGAAUAGUAAACCUUUGAGGUUUAUAACCUGUCCUGAAGCUAGUGGUUGCAAUUAAAUGUGUGACAAACAAGGGAAGGUAACCCUCACUUGCUGUACUAAUGAGAGUGAUUAAAGCAUCAAGGAACCACAGGGAUUAUUGAGAUCAACUGAAACCUAAACAAAGUAAGGAGAUUAACAAGGGAGCUGAGGUGCAAAUAUUUGUGAAUCAUUAGUGGUAAAUAUAGUAACCUUCCACUUCCCAAGACAAUCCAUCGCAAACUCAUUGAGGGGAGAUGCUGUUUACUCCUCUGUUUCUUAUCUGUUCUGCAAAUCAGAUAACUGACUUCCACAGUCUUUGCUUGGACUUUUAUGAGAUUUAAAGUGUUUCCUUAUCUCUGAGCAGGAUACACAUUGCCUCUCAUUGUUUGUUCACUUCACUAUAAAGAUUAGAAACUCAACAUUUAAAAACAAAUACAAAUUGUACAUUUUUCUUCUUUGAAGAACCCAGCAAGAUUAUUAUUUUUUUCAGUAUCAAUGUCAGAAAAGAAAAAGCCUGGCAACCCUCUUGGUGACACAAGAGGACACAUCCCUUAAACAAAUCAGUACAAAUUUUGCAGGAUAUCUUCCCAGAAAAGCUUUCAGAGAUAAAAUUAACUUCCCUCACAUUCACUCUGCAGGUUACAGAAGAAAGCAUCUUCAUUGUUUAUUAUUUCUUUUAUCUGGACUUGUCUUCUUCCAAGUUACAAACCAAUCUCACCUCAGAUGUUUGGGUGUCUUAGAGCAGAGCCUAACCUGAUGAUAUUAAUGGGUGGGGGCAAUUGUGUGGAACCAAGUGACCCAUUAGAAACCUUGGAUCCAAACCAUUUAGUAUUUUAAAGUUGGUAACCAGCACUUUGAAUUGGUCUUGAAAACACACUAAUGUCAAUUGAAUACUUUGGAGAUAUUAAAUAACUGGCCCCUACCAGCACCAUCUCAGUUUGUUAACUAACAUCUAACCCAUAACAAUCAGGUUAAGGGUUUUUACUCUCUAAAAUCUGAUGAAAAGCAAUCCUAGAGUUGGGUGUCACCCACAUAUUGGUGAUCAUAUCUCCAGAUGACCUCUCCCAGCAGUUUCAUGUAAGCAUUAACCAGCAUGAGGGAAAAGAUACAACAUUGUGGAUCUCCACAGGCCAAUUAACAAACAAGAACACUUAAUCCCCAGAUCUGCCUUCAGAGAACUGUCCUUUAGGCUGGACAAGAACCAGCACAGUCCUGUACUCCGAGCCCCAACCUGGCCUGGCAGUACAGAAACACUAUACCAUGACCAAUAGUACCGAAAGGUCCUGCAGCACCAACAAAAGUCAGGUCACAGUUGGUGAAUUCGUUUCAGUUUUCCCCAUUUCUAAUGUGAUGGUAACAAAACACAGAUUACAAUGCAAAAUUUGCAUUGUUAUCCAAUGUCCUGUUUAAAGCAGUUUGUUUUUUGUUUAUCAAGGCAGCUGAGAAUGGAGCAACAGGGGUGGAAAUUGACCUUGGAUUCACUGCUGAUGGCAUUCCUGUCCUGAUGCAUGACGACACUGUAGACAGGACCACGGAUGGGUCUGGAAACUUAAACAGCUUGACCUUUGCUGAUAUCAGAAAAUUUAAUCCAGCUGCUAAACAUAGAUUAUGGUAAGUGAGCAAUCUGAAGAACACCUUCAUUCAUACCUGGAAAUACAAUAUUUCUGUACCGUUACACAAAAUGUUUUCUCUUACAGCCUGAUCCUAUGCAUGGUUAUGUGGAAACGAAUCCCACAGAAAUAAUUAUUUCUUAUUCCCAAAUAAGUAUGUAGAGAUAAGUGGUUUGUGAAGAUGAGCGCCACCUGAUGUAGCGAUGGAUGGGAAGGCCUGGCUUCAAGCCACCUUUCAGCCAUGAAGUUUAUUGGGUGAUCUUGGGCCAGUCACUUGGUCUCAGUGUAACCUACUUCACCAGGUUCUUGUGAAGGUAACAGGUGGAAGGAAAGAAUCUUAAAGAAUGGGUGGGAAAUUCUUCCAACCAGAUCUGUUUCCUGUCAGAUAAUUCCAAAAUACUGUAAAGGUGCAGCUUUGGGCUGUUCGCAAGCAUCACCAGCAGAAUACUACUGGAUAUAUUAAGCUUGGACUGUUUAUGUUUUGGUAAAAACACAUACUUUCUUGAUUAUUUUAGUUCUUUCUAAUAUUAGGUCACAGUCAGAGCCACCUGUCUUGAAGAUUUUAUGGGAAAUAAGUAUGCUUAUAAUGGAGUCAGGCAACUGAUGGGUGGGUGGUCUCAUCUGCCUAUCAAAGUUGGCCCACGAGGUGAGAGGAGAUAAACAUCUGGUUUGCCCCCCUGCCUUAGAUGCUUCAUGGUGAUAAAAGUGAACAGAAGCAUUAUUCCUUUUUUUGAUGUAAAUGUUCAUGCAGGAAUGCACACAAUUAAAUUUUUACUGUUUCUCUGUAGGAGGGAUUAUCGUGGAGAAAAAAUACCAACUUUGAAAGAAGCUGUUUUGGAAAGUAUGCAUUACGAUCUCACAAUCUACUUUGAUGUCAAGGGCAAUGCAGACAAGGUACCAUUUUCUUCCACUGUGCUGAAGCCUCACAUUCUUGUGGGGCAGCACAUGGUAGAGGUCUUCCACUUGAUCAGAUCUGAGAGAUCUUUCUUAGUAAAUCAUUAAUGCAAUUUUACCAAGACAAGAAGAACAUUUGUGCUGCUUCCUUUUCAGCCUAUUUACAAUCAUAGCUGAUUUACCCCGCCUUUGGUCUUAUUCGUAGCGAUAUAAUACCGAAUAACUUAAGCCCCUUUCCUUUGUGGGUGAGACUAGUUAAAAAUAAGCUUGAAACAACGUUUUCUUUAAGUUGUAGAUGUGGGGUAGGGAAGGGGCAUUUAUCCCGUUUUCUGGCACUGUGCACAUGGAAUUUUAUAUAUAUAUAUAUAUACAUAUAUAUAUAUAUAUAUAUAUAUAUAUAUAUGUAUAUGUAUAUGUAUAUAUAUAUAUGUAUGUGUGUAGUUGCCUUAUAUAGAGUCAGACUGUAGAUCUGCCUAGUCCAGCCUUGUAGUCUAAUAGUUGUUGGCAGCUUUCCAGAGCCAGACAGGGGUCUUUCCCAGUGCUGCUGCUACCUGAAAUCAGUCUUAAAUGUUCAUGCUGAGGACUGAACAUGGCACCUUUAGCAUAGCAUGUACUCUAAUACUGAGCUACUGGUCCUUUUCUGAAUCUGUCUCUUACGUACUGAACCAAAAUGCUUGCCAAAAACAAAUUUUCCACUGGAGCAAAUUGGGCCUUCCUUGAUGUAUGUCUCAAACAAUAAUUUUAUCUUUGUAUACACACAGCAAGCACCCCUGUCUUGACUAGAAGUACCUAAGCCAGCUGAAUGGCAAAACCAAAGGUCAGCAUCUUGCAUUCAAAAAAAAUUAUGCAAUCCUUUCCAUCUCCAGUCUGACCUUUAGGCUAUAAUAAAAAAAAAAUCAAAAUUACCUUUAAACUGCUUUGCACUUCUUUCAUGUAACUUGUUUCCUGGCAGGCAGUUGCAGCCCUAAAACCCCUGUACUUGGAAUAUCCUCGGCUGUACAACACUAGCAUCGUUUGCUCUUUUAUGCCGGAUGUUGUCUAUAAGGUACAAUUUUUCACCUAAGUGUUCUGUUGUUGCCAUGAUAUUUCUGGUCAUGGUAAGAUUUUAAUUUGGGUAAUUUCAGCAUUACAUGUAGUACAUAAUCUUUCAGAAGUGGGAACGAUUGUUAGAGACUGACCAAGUGGCCUUCACUUUAAAAUCUUGAAUAAUUCUGUCCACUGUGAAGCGUCAUAUGGACUCCCUUCAUUUUGCAAGCACAGUGGGGGGGUGUUGUAUGGGUCAUGGAUAAAGGAGGUCAGGCCUUACUGAAGACAGCUUACGCAGGACCCCCCAAAACCUAAAAUCAGUCCUAAGCUUGCUUCAUGGGGGGGGUGUACAGGUACCCAAUACAACCAACCCUAAUCAUUAGUUUAAUUGCUAUAAACCAAAUAGUUUUAAAACUAUUCCAGCACGCAGCUCUUCAAGGCAGAUACAUAAUUUGGGAAGUAAAUCAAAUCAGUAAGGUGUACUUCUAAGAGUAUUUAGGUUUGUGGCACAAAAUGUCUGGACUUCUUUAGCAAACAUGAUGCAAGGGUCGAGUUCCAGCCUUUGACUCUUCCUCUACAAAUGCCAGACCACCAGAUAUAGCAAGAUUAAGUACCAUCAAAGUCAAGCUUGAAAUGAUGAAAGUCAAGUUUCCCUUGCAAUAUCAGUCUUUGUACAUCAAAAUGUAUUCAUUUGUUUCUCUGCUUGGCCUUGUAGAUGAAGCAAGCUGAUAGGAAUGUUUUAACAGCUCUAACCCACCGACCAUGGAGCUUUAGUUACUUUGGAGAUGGGAAGCCUCGCUACACUUCCUGCUGGAAACAUUAUUUCAUGAUGAUGCUGGACGUCAUUUUGGACUGGAGCAUGCACAACUUCCUGUGGCACUUCUGUGGGGUUUCCGUUUUUCUGGUGCAGAAAAAUUUCGUUUCACAGUAAGCAGAAGACCUUGACUAUACUCUGGGAUAGCCAGUGAGAGGUGCCCUCCAGCUGCUAAUAAAUUAAUAAAUAAUAAUAAUAAUAAUAAUAAUAAUAAUUUAUUUAUACCCCGCCCAUCUGGCUGGGCUUCCCCAGCCACUCUGGGUGGCUUCCAAAAAAAUAUUAAAAUACUAUAAUACAUCAAACCUUAAAAGCUUCCCUAAACAGGGCUGCCUUCAGAUGUCUUCUAAAAGCUUCCAAAAGCUUGUUGGACUACAACUCCCAUCAGUCCUGAUCACUGCCUAUGGAACCCAACAACAUCUGUAGGGCACUGUGUUGGCUACCCUUUGAGGAGUAUCUUAGCUGUGGGUGGGUUAUACAAAGGAUUGGGGGGGAUGAGGGGGGAGGAUAGGCAUACAUCAAAUCAUGCGAGACAUAAAAGAACAGAGUGCAGGUGUCAACAUAGUGGGUGCCUAAUCAGCUUUUAUUUAAACCACCCUAACUGUGUGGGUGGGACGUGGGUGGCGCUGUGGGUUAAACCACAGAACCUAGGACUUGCCGAUCAGAAGGUCGGUGGUUCGAAUCCCUGCAACGGGGUGAGCUCCCGUUGCUCGGUCCCUGCUCCUGCCCACCUAGCAGUUCGAAAGCACGUCAAAGUGCUAGUAGAUAAAUAGGUACCGCUCCGGCGGGAAGGUAAACGGCGUUUCCGUGCGCUGCUCUGGUUCACCAGAAGCGGCUUAGUCAUGCUGGCCACAUGACCCGGAAGCUAUAUGCUGGCUGCCUCAGCCAAUAAAGCGAGAUGAGCGCCACAACCCCAGAGUCGGCCACGACUGGACCUAAUAGUCAGGGGUCCCUUUACCUUUACCUGUAUCGGUAAUUCUCAUUUGUGGUACUUGUAAACAACCUUUCAGGGUAAAUGCCCUCUUAUGGUAGCUUGAAAAGGCAGCUUUGUGCAAGGGCAGGAUAAUUUAGCUCCAUACACAUAGCCGAGGCUUUCAGGUGGGAGGAUACCUGGGUGCUGCUUCCUCAGCGACGGCACUGGGGACAUGGAGGGAGGCAGGGCUUUCAGCUGGAAAUGUACCUAGGCAUGCUGCUGUUUCUCCCUCUGAUGGCCUCAAUAAUUAUCCCUAAGAGAUGGUUUCCAAUUGAAUACCACACCUUAACUUAAACAAAAUAGGGGGGAAAGAUUGUGGGUUAAGGACCAAAAAGAUGGCCUGCUGUUACUAUAGAGAACAUGAAAUAAUAAAGGGUUUGGUUUUAAUUGCAGUCACUUGCAGUCUUCCCUCACAUCAUUUCUGACAUUAUCCUUUUUAGGGAAUAUGUGAGACAAUGGUCUUCCAAAGGAAUUCAAGUUGUGGCUUGGACAGUCAAUACAUUUGCUGAAAAAAUGUACUAUGAAAAUGUUCUCCAGGCCAGCUACAUCACCGACAGCUUAGUGGAGGACUGUGACCCUCACUUCUAGCCUUUGCUGGAUUCUUUUGGGUUUCUUCUUUAAAGCAAACUGAAGUUUGUCAGCAGUGGAACUUCAAGGAUUUAUACUGAUUUUCUUGGGACUGAAUGAUCACAAUGCAAAGUGGAUCCAAAUGUUUCUUUUCAUCAUGCUGGAUGGUAUCUUAACAUUACAAUCAAUUUUAAUCCUAGCAAGAAGAAUUGAGAGUCUAAGAGAGGGCUAUGCAGCCCUUUUAAAAAAUCAGGUUGGUUUAAUGCAGGUGUGGACUUGUAGAUGAUUGACACUUUUUUUCUAAAUUAAGCUGCUUUUUUUGAAAUAAAUCAAUGCUAGGCCUUUACCAAUCACUGACAUGACUUGAAACACAUUCAUUAGCCUGUACUUAGAAUGAAAUAGCAGGGAGACAACUGCAUAUACCUCCUCGUUGUCUAGUCAAAAGACAAACCAGUUCCCCAAGACAUGGACCAGAGAGCAAGAGAAAAUCAAAGCAUUUCGGGGGCUGGAAGAAAUUAGGCCAAGUGCUGCAGGUUGGAGUACUGCCUUAUGGGUAAGUGGGUAGCUGGGUGCAACAGAAUCCUCCCUGGGGGAUAUGAGUAAGAGGCAUUAGCUGAAAAGCAAGACCUGGAAACAACAUGGAGCAACACCACAGCCAGGAAUAGACUAUAUGGGUAAGUAGGAAGAGAUUUUGGGGGCUCAGAUUAGGUGCCAAUUUGAAUUCACAUUUGGCACUGCUUUUGAAGCAACAAGUUAAUUCUUACAAAUUAGGGUCUGCUCCUCUGACCAAGAUUCUUUGCAGGUUGUCUUUGCACUCAAUAACUUUGUGUCCAAACGCACACAAAGGAAAUGCCUUUACUAUGGAAGUUGCUUAUGUUAGGGAAACUAGAAACUACCUGACAAAGUGGAAGCAAAGAAAAUACGACCACUUGGGGAGAAAUGGAUGCUGAAAUCUAGUAGGGAUACAGAAGCACUUGAAGAACUAGGAGUACACUAGGAAGGGCAAAGGUUGUGCCUUAAACUCUGCAAACCAGCUUUUCACAGGAAGAAGCCAAGCACCACAAACAGCUGAGCAGCAAGAACUCGCCCGACUCCUGUUGUAGAUGCAAUCCUGAUUCCAGCAGCCAGGCACUCCUCAAAAGUGCUCUUGAUUGCAAUUCAUAUGAGUAGUUUGACUGGAAGGAAUUAGCUGGGCCAGAUGGCAACUGAAGCAGCCAACCAUUGAUGUAGGGGAAAUAAGAGUGUCCUUGUCAAACAAUUUAAAAAUGUGCAGCUGCAAAGUCACAGCUAAAACAGGUUUCUGUUUUCCAAACUUACAUUACAACUGGGGGUGUGUGUUUGGUUAUGUAGCCAUUGUUCUCCAUAAAAGGUUGGGACUGCACAGAUAUGAAGUAAGAUAUAUGUAACCAGAUUUAACAUUUCACAGUGGUGACACAAUGCAUGUUAAUUAAAAAAAACAACAGAGCUCUCAUUAUCAUUCUUUAUAAAUGCCUCUAAUCUCUGUAAAAAAAUAUUCUGAUCAACACAGCAAAAAUAAAGCAUUUCAGAAAGAUUACAACAAAUAUUUACAGACCUGUACUUGGCAGUUAUUAAUCGGAAUAAUUUACACUAAUCCAGUAAGAAAGUUCCAUGAAAAAGGUAUUUAAUCUCACAUCUUUCCAUAUGUAGUCAAUCCUGUCCUGGAUUCCGUUGAUGAGCUGCAUCCUGUUUUAAUUAUGUUUCACAAUAUUUUCAAAAUAAUUAUAAUAAAGCAAAAUUGCAACCAGUG